CCAAAACAUCAUCGCGGGUAGAGUCCCUUCAACGCCAUCAUGCCACUCCCGCCUGAGCUCAGUGGCAUCGGUCGAGGAUUCAUAAGAAGUGCGGGCCGCGUUCCUUUCCCCGCGUUUUCUGGCCUCCUUUAACCAUUCACUUCGUCCUUCAAUCAACGACACUCGCACCUCGCAUCAGCAUGGCAACCCUUCGGCUCGCAGUCAACAACAGAUGGCAGGCCACGGCGGGUCUGCUUAUGGCGCCGGCGAAGACUGCGCGAGUGGUGGGUCCAGCGCUCAGUGCUUCCGGCGCAUGCAGCCAGAGCCGUUCCCUUCACCAACAGGCCGACCAGACAGCAUUCCACCAAGCGUCUUCAUCACCUAGAGCGCCAAUGCCUGGACGCAGAACGAAGGCCUUGAACCAGCGCACAGCUGGCAUGCGAGCCCUUCCCACCCAAACAGCCCAGACCGGGAUGCAACGUCGGGCUCAGUACAGCACGGCAUCAACCCCCGCCCCGGAACCCACCGUCCACAGCGCAUUCGAAACCGCGACAGGCACAUGGCAGUACGUGGUUGCUGACCCAUCCACCAUGGACGCCGUCAUUAUUGAUCCGGUCUUGGACUUUGAUCCGGCUACCCAAGUCAUCACCACCAAGACCGCCGAUUCGUUGCUCGCUAUGGUGAAGGAGAAGGGCUAUAGGAUCGUCCGGCUCCUCGAAACACAUGCCCAUGCCGACCAUCUCAGCUCGUCUCACUAUCUCCAGAAGCACCUUGCCCAGCAGCAAGGCUACCGGCCGCCCGUCUGCAUUGGAAAGCGUAUCCCGCAGGUGCAGACCUUGUUCGGCAAGAGAUACGGCAUCGCGGCGAAGGAAUACGACGGUAUUUUCGACAAGUUCUUCGAGGACGACGAGGAGUUUGAUAUCGGUAACCUGAAAGCCAAGGCGAUCCACCUCCCUGGCCACACCCCGGAUCAUCUUGGCUACAAGAUCGGAGACAACGUAUUCUGCGGUGAUUCCGUCUUCCAUGCGGACAUUGGCACCGCACGCUGCGAUUUCCCCGGAGGCAGCGUCAACGACCUCUGGAACUCAUCACGGAAGCUGUUCGCACUGCCAGACAACGUCAAGAUCUGGACUGGCCACGAUUACCCCCCAGCCGGGCGCACCGAGCCCGUGCCUUACAUGACCGUCAAGGACCACAAAGCACAAAACAAGCAUCUCAAAGACGGCAUCAGCGAGGCCGAAUUCGUUGCUCUGCGCAAAGAACGCGACGCCAUCCUAGGAGAGCCACGACUGCUGCACCAGUCCCUGCAGGUCAACAUUCGUGCAGGAAAUCUUCCCGAGCCAACUAGCUUCGGGCAACGGUUGCUUCAUCUCCCGUUGAAGCUCAAGGGCCUGGAAUGGUAGGCUAGACGCCCGACCGCACUGUAAGGCGAUCCAUGCACUAGCAGGGGUGUUCGGAGUUGGGUUGGCUUGUAUAGUAUGUACCAUGAUACUACUCUCCGUCCAAGCGACGCAUUGGGAGUUGCAUAGCGCAUGUGCAGCAUAGCGCGAAAAUUUUCAAG